AUGGGGAUCCGAGAGUUUCCCAACGGCACGGCGAGGGGCAAGACCAUCACAAUUGGCAUGAGGAGAUCUCCAGAUGUCAGUCCCAGGAGGCUGUCAGACAUCAGCCCGCAGCUCCGGCAGCUCAAAUACCUGGUGGUGGAUGAGGCGAUCAAAGAGGAUUUGAAAUGGUCCCGAUCCGUGGAAGAUCUCACCAGUGCUUCCGUGGGGCUCACGUCCAUCGAGGAAAGGAUUCUGCGGAUUACCGGGUAUUAUGGCUAUCAGCCCUGGGCUGCCAGCUACAAAAGGGAUGAGCACUCCCGGGAAUCUCCAGCCCCAGCAGAAGCACAGAUGCAGGCUGGGGUGGAAGGCAGUGGAAGGGGAAAUCGUUGCUGUUGGAAAUGCUCAGUGACCCAACUCAAGAAAUUUUUCUGGGGAGUGGCAGUGGUCCUGGGUGUCUGCUCCUCCUGGUCAGGUUCAACCCAGCUAGCAAAAUUGACCUUUAAGAAAUUCGAUGCACCCUUCACUCUGACAUGGUUUGCAACAAACUGGAACUUUUUAUUUUUUCCUUUGUAUUAUAUUGGACAUGUUUUCAAAUCAGCUGAGAAACAGUCUCCGAAGCAGAGAUACAGGGAGUGCUGCCGAUUUUUUGGAGACAAUGGCUUGACUAUGAAGGUGUUUUUUACCAAGGCAGCACCCUUUGGUGUUCUUUGGACACUCACAAACUACCUGUACUUACAUGCAAUAAAGAAAAUAAACACUACGGAUGUCUCCGUGUUGUUCUGCUGCAACAAAGCUUUUGUGUUCUUGCUUUCAUGGAUCGUUCUCAGGGACAGGUUCAUGGGAGUGAGGAUUGUGGCUGCUAUACUUGCUAUUGCAGGGAUAGUCAUGAUGACCUAUGCGGAUGGAUUCCACAGUCAUUCAGUUAUUGGAAUAGCACUUGUUGUGGGAUCUGCCUCAAUGUCUGCUCUUUAUAAGGUUUUGUUCAAACUUCUCCUGGGCAGCGCUAAAUUUGGAGAAGCCGCCUUAUUCUUGUCUGUGUUAAGUGUCUUCAAUGUCCUUUUCAUCACCUGUAUUCCUGUCAUUCUGUACUUUACCAAAGUGGAAUACUGGAGCUCUGUUGAUGUUAUUCCUUGGGGGAACCUUUGUGGAUUUUCAAUUCUCUUAUUGACAUUCAAUAUUCUAUUAAAUUUUGGAAUUGCUAUUACAUAUCCUACCUUGAUAUCUCUUGGAAUUGUGCUCAGCGUACCUGUCAAUGCAAUUGUUGAUCACUACACGAGUGAAAUUGUCUUCAACAGUGUCCGUGUAAUUGCCAUUGUCAUCAUUGGCCUGGGCUUCCUCUUAUUGCUUCUACCAGAGGAAUGGGACGUCUGGUUAAUGAAGCUCCUCACCCGCCUCAAAGUGCGGAAGAAGGAAGAGAUCCCCGAGGGGAACGGAGACAUUGUUUCAGGACUGCAGAGCAAAAGCAGGAGAACUCGCCCUUCCAUGUCAUCCUUCGCUCAUUAA